AUGUGCUCGCAGGCUGCCGCUCCCGGAAGGGUAUUCGGGGCCUGCGUCUUCGAGAGGCUCCCGUUGGUGGUACCCCCGCACCCCGAUUGGGAGGUGGAGCACAGCAGGUGGCGCUUUGAGUGGAACCUGCCCUAUUUCAAGAAGUACCCUGCCGACUUCAUCGACGAGCCCCGCACGGAGGAGACCGACUCGGCGGUGGCGGCCAGCAACCGGUGGGAGCCCGCCCCCCUGGAGUCCGAGGCGGACCGCAGCGGCGACGUGCGCAGCCUGAAGCGACGGCUGGACCAGCGGGUGUUCAUGCUGGUGCGAAGAAAAGGUGGCAGCGGCGCGUGGGAGUUCCCCGCGGUGGAACACGAGGAGGGCGAGACCAUUCGCGGGAGUGCGGAACGGGCGCUGGGCCUGACGCUCGUGCAGGAAGGCCUCCAGCCCUUCUUCGUGGGCAACGCCCCCGCGGGACAUGUCGAGACAGGUGAGGGCACCACCUUUUUCCACCGCUGCCAGAUGAUCGCGGGCACGUUGCGGCUCGUCCCCGGCGGUCCCUACUCCGACCUGCGCUGGGCUGCCAAGGAUGAGCUGCCGGAGCUCGUGCAGGACCAGGCCCUCCUGGACCUGUUCCAGAAGAUGCUAUAG